AUGUUCCAUAAUAUCAUCAAUUCGGAGCGCCGGGCCCGAGAUUGUGUGACAGUCAAGAACCCCAGGACAAACGAAGCCACAUUAGAGGUGACAGUCGCAAACAAGACAGACCUUAAUGACGCAGUCAAGGCUGCAAGGGUGUCAUUUGAAUUAUGGAAGCUCUUGUCUGUCGAGACCAGACAGAGAUAUCUACUCAACCUAGCCGAUGAACUGGAACGGCGAAGAGGUGAAAUACAUACUCCUCUGGCCGCGGAGACCGGAAAAUCCAACCUUCUCGCAAACAUGGAGAUUGAUGAUACUUUGGCGUUCAUCACAUUUAACGCAUCCCAGUCAUUGCCCAGUAAAGUGGAAUACGAAGACGAUAAACUCAGGAUUUUGUCUACCCAUCAUCCUAUAGGAGUGGUGGGUGCGAUUUGCCCUUGGAAUUUUCCACUCGUGUUAGCCGCUAGCAAGAUUUCUGCAGCGCUCGUCAUGGGAAAUUGCAUCAUUGUCAAACCAUCGCCAUUCACCCCAUGUGCCACUUUAAAAUUCGCUGAGCUUGCGACAUCCGUGCUUCCGCGGGGUGUGUUUCAGGCGCUCAACGGAGACAGCGAUCUAGGAAGGCUCUUUAGCAUUCAUCCCGGGAUCGACAAGAUUAGUUUCACUGGAUCCAUUGCGACUGGAAAAAAGGUUGCGGAAAGCGCGGCUAGGACUCUGAAACGAGUAACACUUGAGCUCGGUGGAAACGAUGCUAGUGUCAUCUGCCCCGAUGUGGAUGUCAAAACCGUUGCUACCAAGGUUGCUGCGGGGGCAUUUUUACAUUCAGGCCAAAUGUGCGUUGCUACAAAAAGAAUCUAUGUGCAUCAAACUAUUUUCGAAGAGUUCCGGGACUCGUUUAUCGAGGCAGUCAAGGACAUCAAAAUCGACAUUUUUGGUGAUCAGUCACCACUGUUCAGUCCCCUCCAGAACCAGCCACAGUACAAAGUGGUCGAAGAUCUCAUCGCUGAUUGCAAGGAGAACAAUUAUACUUUACUUUGUGGGGGGAAUACCGACGACAAGCAGCCAGGCCUCUUCAUCGCACCUGUGGUUGUAGACCAACCUCCAGAUGAUUCUAGCAUUGUCCAAAUGGAGCAGUUCGGUCCUAUCAUUCCACUUACAAAGUGGUCUACAGAGGAUGAAGUGAUAUCGAGGGCCAAUCAGACAGAUACCGGCCUAGGGGCGUGCGUGUGGGCUGAGUAUAUUAGCACUGCAGAGCGGAUUGCGCGAAAACUUGAAGUUGGAACAGUAUGGAUCAACAGCCCGGAAGUCCCUAACCCUCACGGCUACUGCUCAGGCUGGAAGGAGAGUGGGAUGGGGGGCGAGUGGGGGAACCAAGGCUUGCUCUCCUACUCUCAAACACAGACAAUUCAGCUAUACAAAUGA